CGACGUCACGACGUUAUGCUGCUGCCCCCGCCUUUGCCUACGUGCCCCGGCCCCCUGACCCGGAAGUGCGCGCCGGUGGCCUCAGCUGGCCUCCCCGCCGUUGUUGCCGUGGGGAUGGCAGCUGCCGCCGCCGCCGCUCUGCCUGGGGGCCUCCGGGCCCCCCCCGCCGGCCUUGGGGCGGGAGGCAGGCCGGAGCCGGCGGAAGGAUCCGAGUCCCUCUUCGUGGUGCUGGGGGCCGGCUUCACGGCGCUGAGCCAUCCGCUGCUCUACGUCAAGCUGCUGAUCCAGGUCGGGCAUGAACCUCUACCUCCAACCAUUGGGAGAAAUGUGCUGGGGAAAAAAGUAUUGUACCUACCUGGCUUUUUCACAUAUGCUAGACACAUUGUGGAAGUGGAUGGGAAAAUGGGCCUCUUUCGCGGCCUUGCUCCUCGAAUCCUCUCUAGCACUUUAUCCACUGUCACCCGAGGGACUGUGAAGAAGGUCUUUCCUGUGGAGGACAUGGAGCAUGUUUCUAACAAGGAUGAUGUGAAGACUUCUCUCCGAAAAGUGUUGAAAGAGACCUCUCAUGAGAUGCUGAUGCAGUGUAUGUCCCGGGUUAUCUCACAUCCCCUGCAUGUAAUCUCGAUGCGCUGCAUGGUCCAGUUUGUAGGUCGGGAAGUCAAAUACAGUGGUGUGUUUAGCUCCAUUGGCAGGAUUUUUAAAGAAGAAGGGAUCUUGGGAUUCUUUGUUGGUUUAGUCCCUCACAUCCUGGGAGACGUGGUCUUCUUGUGGUGCUGUAACAUCCUGGCUCAUUUCAUCAACACCUAUGCAGUGGAUGACAAUUUCAGCCAGGCAUCUGUGAUCCGGAGCUAUACGAAGUUUGUGAUGGGGAUUGCUGUGAGCAUGCUGACGUAUCCCUUCCUUCUAGUGGGAGAUCUCAUGGCCGUGAACAAUUGCGGGUUACGUGCCGGCCUCCCUCCGUACUCUCCUGUGUUUAUAUCCUGGGUUCAGUGUUGGAGACACCUCAGUGCUCAGGGGCAGUUGUUCCGAGGGUCCAGCCUGCUUUUCCGCAGAGUGUCUGCAGCAGCAAGGUUCCCCAUUGACUAAUUCUGCUUUCACUUUAUUAACUCAUUACCUCGUCUGGGAGAAAGGGACAAACAUGGACUCUUUGUAAGGAACCCGUAAAGCCUCUUUUGAUAUUUUUCUUUUACAUCUGAAGACCAAGGUGCAGGAACAAGCCGCCUCCUGUCCAGCGAGGCCGGAAAUGAAUCAGCCUGUGGAGAGCUGGCUUCUGAACUGCAGCUGGGUUGAAUUCCCUUUCUGAUGGUUGGUUUGACCAUGACGUACCAGUCAGAGCAGAAGGGUGUUGGCUCUUUGGCUCAGCUUGCAGUUCUUGAGUCAGAAGGGACAGUCUGUUUGUUUAAAAGUGGAUAAUACCCAGGUGUUUAAACAGCCCAGCCCAGAGACACUAUCAGGGAUCCAGGUGCAGGGACAAGAAGCGGCUUUAGGCAGCACAUACUUGGGAGAUGUUAACUGGAAAGCAGCAACGUCUGAAUUUGCCCUGCUGACCGGAUCACGCCAAACCCUGGCCAUCCCUUUUUGUGCCGCAUAGUGAUGCAAUAAGCGAGCCUAAGCUUCUUAGCGCUCUCGUCUCCAGCCUUCACCUUAGUGAACAUCCUCUUUGUAAGUUCUUGGUCUACUGAAGCACCUUCCAUCUUGACGUGAAUGUGAGUCGUCAGAGCCAGAAAGGGUUAAAGGAGGCAGAGACCAGGCUGGGAUGAGGCUGUUAAGUCCCAUUCCUGGUAAAGUACCACCUCCAGAUAACCAGUAAUAUAUCCUUCGCUCUGGAGGACAUUUCAUCAGCCAGAAACCUGCCAAGCAGCUCCAUCCUGGCUUUGAAUACCCCAUGUCUCCCACAUUCAAGCUCUUGAAGGGUAUAUGAACACCAAGGAACAAGAUGCUUUCCAAGGGGGUGUUAUGGGAAAUAACCUUAUUAAAUUAAAAGGAAACUGAGGCUGAGACAAGAACAAGAAGUCACAGUGAGAUUAAUAAUACUAGAAGUGUCUCUCAGGGGAAGUGUUGGGGCUUGAACUAGAAUGAGCAGAGCACUUUGGGGAGGAUUAUGCAGCUAGUGCAUGGCUAGGGGCGUGAGAAGAAAGGCCUGACUCUAAUUGUGAACCUGCUGCAACAGGGAUUUAAGAGUAUAAUCUAUGGGACUCCCUGCUAGACUCCCUGCUAAACUUGACACGCAAGUGUGCACAAAAAGAAUAUUCCCUGGCUGCUGUGUGAGAUAGGAUAUGGGAUUAGAUGGACCACUAGUCUGAGCUGGCAUGUGUCUAUUCCUGUACUGGCCACAGAGAGUCACAGUGGUGACUCAAAGCCAACCAGGACCAAACUCAGACAACAGCUUCAAUUGCUGCCUCUGGCAGAUCGAAGCACCGAUACUUGAUACAGCUAGACCAGAAAUGUGCCAUCUUACUUCCGAGGUGCCAAUGAACAGCAUUUUUUUUAUAUUAGUUCAAUUUGCUAAUAGGUAAGGUUGCUACAAAAUGAAUCGGCUUAACUUUAAAUGUGAACAUUAAGUCUGUUUGUUUAUUAGCCGCUGACUAGAGUAAUGGAACAAACUUAAAGCAGGAAGAGUGAAGAGAAUAUCGGACAGUGAAUUUCAUUGGGUCUCUGUGCACUUCAGAGACACUAAGGUGCAUGUGUUGGUGUUUUGGGGCCUCAUGUAGCAGAGCUCACCUGGUCGCGGAGUGGGAUUUAUCUACAGCUUCUGAGACAGAUGUUUUACCUGCAUUCUGUGCUGCUACUAAGGCCAGGCAGCUUUCCCCUCCAUUUUAAUCCCUGUCUUGCUCGUACUGCGAAGCAGUCCUUUACAUCCAUUCCAAACAUGCGUGCUUUCAUCUUCCUUAAGUAGGCCCCAGAAGAGCUUUCCAGGUCCAUGAACAAAUGCAUUAGUGAUUGUCGCAAUUUUCCUAACGCACAAUGAAGUGAGAGACAGACACGGCCGCCCUGUGGUGCUUUCCUGCAUAGUCUGCCCCCAGGGUGGCCAGAGAAAGCUCUGUCUGGAUUGACGUGGUUCCUGGAAUAUGCAGGGAUUCAUUUGGUGAAUGGGACAACCAGCAUCUUCCAUACCUAGGGCCUCAGGGUCCUGAUCUGUCAUUACUGGGGUGCUUCACUGGUACAAAUGGGCUUGUUUCACACUUCCAAGGCCUGACCGCAGGGUAUGUUUUGAGUGAGAUGUGUAACUGAAAGGCUUUGCAGCCUUUGGAAUCGCAGCUACUUCAAGCAAGAACCUCACUUCCCACCAGUGUUAUGGGAUCAGGCCUAGCCUCCCUUUACCCCUCCCCCCAUCAUCCCUUUGAUAUGGUUUGUUAAAGAGGAACAAGAAAUGCAUGGCCAUAUUCUGUAACUGUGAGAUUAGUUCCAGAGGAUUUGACUGUACUCUAAAAUAAAACUAAGAACAACC